GAGCAAAGCUGCACUGAGAGCUUGUGCUGAUGGAGGUGCCAAUCGUCUCUAUCACAUCACAGAAGGGAGCCAGGACAGCUUCUUGCCUGAUUACAUCAGUGGUGAUUUUGAUUCCAUUCAGCCUGAAGUCAAGGAGUACUACAAGGUCAAGGGAUGUGAGUUAAUUGAGACCAUGGAUCAGGACCUCACAGAUUUCACCAAGUGCCUUCAGAUACUCCAGAAAAAGAUAGAGAAGAAGGGCCUCCAGAUUGAUGUGAUUGUGGCUUUGGGCGGACUUGGAGGACGCUUUGACCAAACAAUGGCAUCAGUGGAAACACUUUUUCAUGCAACAAACAUCACUCCUUUUCCAGUGAUAGUGAUCCAGGAGUGCUCGCUGAUUUACCUGCUUCAACCUGGCAAGCACAAGCUGUGUGUGGACACGGGACUGGAAGGCGCCUGGUGUGGCCUCAUCCCCAUCGGGAACUCCUGCGAGAGUGUGACCACGACUGGCCUCAAGUGGAACCUCACUAACCAGGUGCUGAAGUUUGGAACGCUGGUCAGUACUUCCAAUACCUAUGACGACUCCAGGAUUGUGACCAUCGAGACAGACAAGCCUUUGCUGUGGACAAUGGCUAUCAAAAGAUAAGAUGAGCUACAGCUGCCUUUUCUGAUCUGACGGAACUCAAAUUACUGCAAAAUUUCACUGAAUUAAGACAGUAAAGCUGUUCCGAAAGAUGUAAGCAGGCACUGAUUUUAUGUACUGAAUGGAAAACAAGUCUGAAAUAAAAGUCAGUUGAGAUCAAAUCAAGAUUAGUAGCAAUAAUCGAGUACUUCAUUCUGGUACCUCACACUACUUAAUCAGAAGACACAUGAGCUGCCACCCAAUGCAAUCACAAACAGAAGUGAAUGUAAAGAAACUGCUACUGCUUAUCUGCUUAGUUCAGACGAUUCUUACAGAGUAUUUUAUUCCAAUACUGAACUAUUUUUUCCCCUUUUGCCAAAAGGAAAUACAGUAGACGCUUGCACAUAGUGUAACUAUAUUAAAAGGUGGUAACACUAAGAGUAGUUAACCUCAUUUUGCUGUCCUGGUUUGUAACAUAUGUAGGUGCUGGUGAAGAUUUCUCGAGAAGAGGAAUAAUUGAACUUUUCUGCUUAGGAAGCAAGUCUGCGUACUGAAGAAGCUUCAGUUUUGCCGUAAUACCAAUAUCAGACUUCCCAGUAUUAAGUGCUUUUAAAGUCUGUAAUAGAAGUAGCAUUGUAACUUCUGCAAAUAGCAAAUGCUUACAAUAAGCUUUUUGGAGUGAAAUAUAAAUUUCUUCAUUUCAAUCUGAAGAGGAAGAGCAUUGCAUCUACCAGAGUUUUUGCAGGCUUAGUUUUUAAAAUCAAAAUAUCCAAUCAUUUAAUAAUGGAAACUUCCAGGUCAGCAAACGCAGACGCCUUUAUAAUUCUAUGUGCAGUUGCCUUACAGAACCAGUAUCCAAAAUGGGUGUAUGUCCUACCCAACAGUGCGAACAAGUUGUUGAUUCGCUGAAGGACUGCUUAGUAUCUCCGACAACUAAAUUAACCACAAACUGUACAUCUUAGUAACCAGCUAAGUUUGGCUUUCUUAAUUGUGCCAUCAGAACAAGGAUUGGCAAUGCAAGUUCUUUAUUUGAUGGAGUUUUUUUCCAGUCAAGUACAUACUAUAACCUAACAGGACUUCCAAAUGCAGAAAGGAAUUAGGGGUAAUGAUGGCGAUUCCAGAAAUUAGUGACAAGAAUUUCAGUUGAUAGACCUUUAAAUCACCACUUGAGAGGAUACAGUAAUGGUGUUUUCUUCCUGCAUACUUUUGCUGGAACAAUGCUGUUUACUAAGCAGUAAAUUAAGCAUUGGGACAGCUUCUGAAGAGAGGCUGUACAGUUGUCACCCUGCGAGGUUUUCACACCCGGCCGGACAAAGCCGUAAGCGACCUCGUCAGAACGCAACACUGACCCAGGUUGAGCAUCCUUCCUACCCGAAUGAUUCUAUUAUGGUUGAAAGAAGUAACAAAACAAACAAACAAACCACUCUACUUGUACUAAAAAAAAAAAAAAGCCUAUAAUGUAUACAGGUAUGAUCGCAUAAACUUUAAAAGAGGAGUAGGAUGACAGGAAUGUUUGAAAACCCAAACUGAGCUUGUUUAAUA